UUUUUUUUUUUAAAUGCCCGUCACACAAUGAGCUUUCGGUAGUUUCAGUAAUCAUCACCACUUCGCCCUCUACAUAUAAGAAUAAGAAUCGGAGGACUCGCCGUAUGGUCCAUAGGCUUCUCUACAUUGUCCAAUCUCCUCCUCGUAGUGUUGCCGGUGCUUUCACCAACAAGAAAAGGAACCCAUUGGUGAGGCCUGUAAGCUUCAAAACACCAAAUCCUUGGAAGCCCAUUUUGAACUUUGGGGAUUCUGGGUGUGCCAAUGUCUUCAAUUUCUGCAUUGCGGAUUUCGAUUCUCACAUGGGUUGUGCUCGACAGGGCUUCAGUGUAGUGUCUUCUUGAAGAGAAAUAGUUACAAUGGAGGGUUUCACAGAGAAGAAUGAAGCUGUGGAAGGAAAAAAAGAGGAUAGACAUGGCGAAAAAAUUGAAACUUUUGUUGAUUUCGUGGAGGAAAAGGGUCGCGAGAGCAGUUCCAGUUCUGAAUUUCUAUCAUCUGAGACUACAGGGCAUGAAGAACAAAAUCAGAGCAGUACUGAGGAAUCACCUUCUCCACCUUCGACAGUGGGAUGGCCUGUUGAGGAAAUGGAUGAUGGAGAGAAAAAGAACUUGGAUAAUAAGAAAAUGGAGAAACAAGUUUCAGUAUUAUCUGAGAUUGAGAUGAUGAAAGAGAGGUUUGCAAAGUUGUUACUUGGAGAAGACAUGUCUGGUUGUGGAAAUGGAGUCCCUACAGCGUUGGCUAUAUCAAAUGCUAUAACUAAUCUAUGUGCCACCCUCUUUGGGCAACUAUGGAGACUAGAACCGGUGCCUCCAGAGAAAAAAGCGAUGUGGAGAAGAGAGAUUGAGUGGCUUCUUUGUGUCAGUGAUCAUAUUGUGGAGUUGACACCUACAUGGCAGACCUUUCCGGAUGGAAGCAAGCUUGAGGUCAUGACUUGUAGACCCCGCUCAGAUCUUUAUGUCAAUCUGCCAGCGCUACGUAAAUUAGAUAACAUGCUUCUUGAAAUAUUAGAUAGUUUUGUCGAUACAGAAUUCUGGUAUGUUGACCAGGGGGUUCUAGCCCCAGAUGCAGAUGAUGGUUCUUCUUCUUUUCGGAGGGCAGUUCAGCGCCAAGAGGAAAAAUGGUGGCUUCCAGUACCCCGAGUCCCUCCAUGUGGCCUCCAUGAAAAUUCAAGAAAGCAGUUACAGCACAAGCGUGAUUGCACCAAUCAAAUAUUAAAAGCUGCAAUGGCCAUCAACAGUAUCACUUUAGCCGAAAUAGAAAUUCCAGACGCAUAUUUGGAGUCGCUUCCCAAGAAUGCAAGAGCCAGCUUGGGGGAUCUUAUUCAUCGGUAUAUUUCAUCGGAGCAAUUCUCUCCGGAGUGUCUGCUUGCUUGCCUUGAUUUAUCCUCUGAACAUCAAGCUAUAGAGAUUGCCAACCGAGUGGAGGCUUCUAUCUAUAUAUGGCAUAAAAGGACCAACUCCAAACCUGCCUCCAGAUCCAGCUCAAGAUCAUCUUGGGGCAUGGUCAAAGAUCUGGUGGUUGAUGCUGAAAAAAGGGAAUUGCUAGCUGAGAGAGCAGAAAGCCUUCUGCUAUCGUUAAAGCAACGUUUCCCUGGCCUUCCUCAAACAACCUUAGACAUGAGCAAAAUCCAGUAUAACAAGGAUGUCGGGAAAUCAAUUCUAGAGAGCUACUCUCGGGUACUGGAGAGUCUGGCUUUUAACAUCAUAGCACGUAUCGAUGAUGUGUUUUAUGUGGAUGAGCUGACCAAACAUUCUGAUAACUUCUCAUCACUAUCAAAAGUCGGAGUAGUUGCUCACAGGAGCAUUACAGUGCCAUACACAGUUCCGGUCCCGAGCCCUCCAUAUAAAACAGCUUUUACCACACCGAGCUUUUCGCCAGCACAUGGCAUAAGCCCAGUGAAGAUUGAAAAAUCCCAAUUUAUGAAUAGCAGCAGAAACCUUCCUCAUCGUGGUGGAGUAGGCGUGAAGAAAGUUUUGACAGAUUUUCUUAGUAUUGAUACAAAAGGGAAGGGCCAUGGCAGCAGCAGCCCAAUUGAGAAAUUAGUUCAAACGCCAGAGAGGUCUGAACAAAAAGCAGCAUUUGAAACAGACUUGGAGUCUUGUGAGUGCACAGAAGAAACUACCAGCCCCGAGAACAUAAAGGACCAAGCAUGGGAAGAGUGAAAAGAAGUCGUUUGAUCUCGUUUCGGAGACGCGUAGUACUGGCCUUUUUGUUUCUUCUUUAUAUGUAUAUGUAAUGCAUAGAAGGAUUCCCAUGUUUAGAGUGGAUAAUAGCAUCUUCCUUUGUCGUUUAUAUAUUAUCUUCAUGCGGUGCG